GACACGGCGGUGGCGACUGCUCCGUCUGUUGGUUUGUCCAUUUGGUUGUCCGUCCAUCCGUUUGUCUGUUUGUCCGUCCGUCCGUUUAUUCGACGGCGACGGCGACGGCGACGGCGGCAGCGAGACGGCUAGUCGCGGUGUUUCCGCGCCGUUGCGUCGCCGGCCAAUGCAACACGACACGACGCGACGCGACGCGACCCAGAGCAAAGCAUCGUGACGCUAUGCGACGCGACGGCGGCGGACGGUGACAGCGCGAAUUGGUUAUGUCGACGUACCCGCUCGUGUACCAGCUCGUGGCUCUCGCUCGCUCGCUUGCGCGCGUUCCGAGCGCGUUCGCGCGUCUCUACCUCGCGCUGACCUACGUGCUCUCGCCGCCCGCCGCGCGCUUUCCCGUCAGUCUGUUGUCAAAAUCAGCUGCCAUUGCUGCUUUGGCGCUUUUCCCUUCCCUUUAUUUUCGUUCGGCCAUUCUGGCCCUCGCGUUCCGAGCCCUCGUCGCGUCGUGCUCGCUCGCGGUUCUCUCGGUGAGAUGUUCCGUCGCGUCACGAAUCUCGGUUCUUGAUUGUCGCUACGUACGCGUACGCUUGUGUUCCGAUUGAAAGAUCACGGGUGAUUCUGUCAAGAAUCGGCAAUCGCGGAUUGUUGCACGAGCGCGGCUUAUUGCCAGGCUGCGAUUGUUCACGGUGCAACGGUGCUCCGUCGGAUUUGCGACAUGACAUGUAUAUUUCCGGUGGUUUCUUUGAGAAAAGGAAAAAUAGAUCUCAUUAAGUAAAGUCGCGAGUAUUAUAUAUUUUUGCACCGUUGUAUCUCGGUUGUUGUAGUAGAGAGUCUAACAAGGAAAGUCAUCGAGAGAAACAAAGCGUUGAUCAAAUGGACGUUAAUACGUAGUUGAAACCGCGUGCAGUUGAAUUAAUGUAUAAUUGUACAAUUUUGAGAAUAUCUUAAUUCACGGUGUUAUAAGAUAUGUUGCAGAGUGAGAUAGCACAGAUUCCAAUUUAUAUCUAUGAAAUAGAGAAAGGAAAGUACCAAAGUAGUGUACACCUUGACGAGGAAGGUGCGUGUAUUUAUCUAAAGACAAUACAGAAAGCAAGGGUCAAAGAUAAGAAGGAAGGGAGUCAAUGCAGUGGUUGAGGAAGCGAUGGACCCAUCGUUGUUUGUUGCUUACACUCCUCAAACAAACGGAGUUCCAUCGGAGUCCAAGCUUGCUACCUACAUGAAUCGUCAGAGUCCUAGCACAGGAUUGAGCACAAAUUCGGUAACCAAGCAUUUGUGCGAUCUUUCAUUGGACUCACAAAAGAAGGUAACUGCCAGCCCCGAAUUUGUGCCAGGAAGAGGCCUUACAGGUAGCAAUAGCAGCUCGCCGAAUCUCUUUAACAAUUCCUACACGCACUCUCAGGAGAAUGUAGGUGGCACUAUGUACUUUUAUGUGGGAAAUGCUACCACUAGCACCGUCACAGGCGAGGAUGGGAGCGAGGCGAUUGGACAGGUAGGAGCAGGACAGAUCGGUUAUGUCUAUCCGGGUACACCCUCGCAUCUGCAACCGGUGAAAGCCCCAAAACCACCUUCGUCUAACAAUUCCUCCGCUCCCUCUACACCACCCCCUCAAGCUGCCCCUAGCUUCUUUGUGAGCGAAAGUCUACGAUUGGACAUCUUGCAAAAGAAUGCGUUGACACUAGCACAGCCUGACAUAGUACGAUUUCCCGACUUACCUAACGAGGUUGACAAUUAUCACGAGUUAUGCCCGCUGGAGCCGAUUCAUAAGCCUGCCUCAACAGUGCUCGGGUAUCAAACUUCCACCUAUAAGGCCACAAAUAUCAAGAACGGCACCCGAUACUGUCUGCGUCGUAUACACGAUUUUCGACUUGCCAAUACGAAGUGCACGGUAGUGGUUGACAUGUGGAAGCGUCUGUCGCAUACGAAUCUGGUUCAGUUGAGGGAGGUCUUCACUACUAAAGCGUUCGGUGAUCAUUCCAUGGUUUUCGUAUACGACUAUCAUCCCACAUCGGAAACUUUAUUAAACAAGCAUUUCGCGUCUACUGAAUUGAACGGUUAUACCGAUCCAUUCUCGUCGGAUCCCAACGGCCAUCGGCCCUAUAGUCACACGAAGAACACUAUUCUGAGGCAACAACACACUAGCAUGUUACCGGAGAGUGUUAUUUGGAGCUAUAUCAUUCAACUCACUGCCGCAUUUCGUGUUAUCCAUGCUGCUGGCUUGGCAUACAGAUGCUUAGAUCCCACCAAAGUACUACUUACAUCGCGGACGCGACUUCGCCUGAGUUGCGUCGCCAUUCCGGACGUGGUCACUCUCGAUGGAAACGCUGCGAACCCGCUCGCGCUCGUUCCGCAUUACCAACAGGAGGAUCUGGUAGCGCUCGGCAAGUUGGUUCUAGCGCUAGCAUGUCGGAGUCUUAUCGCCGUCCAUCGCGACAAUAUGUCAGCCUCCAUCGACCUCAUCACACGUUCCUACUCAGCCGACCUUCGAAAUCUCAUUCUGUACUUGCUGUCGAGUCAAGACCGUCGCAGGACCGUCACGGAUCUCAUGCCAAUGAUCGGUGCGCGAUUUUACACGCAGCUGGACGCUGCCCAGUUACGAUCGGACGUUCUGGAGAACGAACUUGCCAAGGAACUGGAGAACGGGAGACUAUUUAGAUUGUUGGUCAAGUUGGCGACCAUUAACGAAAGGCCGGAGCUCAGCAUGGAUCCCACGUGGGCUGAGACAGGCGAUCGCUACAUGCUCAAAUUGUUUAGGGACUAUGUGUUUCAUCAAGUAACAGCUGAUGGUAGACCCUGGUUGGAUAUGGCGCAUGUUGUAGCUUGUUUGAACAAACUCGACUCGGGCUCGUCGGACAAGAUAUGUCUCAUGUCUCGAGAUGAACAGUGUGUUCUAGUUGUGAGUUACGUAGAGCUACGGCAAAAUCUGGAUCAGUCAUUCGCAGAACUGGUACAAGCAACAAAGGAUGCUGUCUAAGGUUCAGAGGGCUUUUCGAAACGUUCCUCUGGACGAGGUCCGACUCGUACUCCGAACCAUAAAUGUGAUAUCACAACUUAGCGGUACUAUCAUUUUAAUUUUUACGGAGAUAAUGGAGAGUGAGAGAAUAUUGUCAAAUUGUGUUUGGUGGUAAGAAAUAACGCGCAACCUGGUUCUUUU